AUGCUCUACAUCAUUGGCCUCGGCCUUGCCGACGAGCGUGACAUUUCUGUCAAAGGGCUGGAGAUUGUCCGCAAAGCCGAUCGAGUGUACCUUGAAGCCUACACGGCAAUCCUGCUGGUAGAAAAGGAACAAUUGGAGGCGUACUAUGGCCGCCAAGUCAUCCUCGCCGACCGGGAACUGGUCGAAUCCCAGAGUGACGAAAUCCUUAGGGAUGCCGAUACCAAAGACGUUGCUUUCUUAGUCGUUGGUGAUCCGUUCAGCGCCACCACGCACACCGACCUUGCGCUACGCUGCAGACAACACGAGCCUCCGGUACCUACCAGAACAUUGCCAAAUGCAAGCAUCCUCACUGCUGUGGGUGCCACUGGCUUGUCUCUGUACACCUUUGGGCAGACAGUCAGCAUGGUCUUCUUCACCGACUCCUGGAAACCUAGCAGUUUCUACGAUCGCAUUGCCGAGAAUGCACGCCUCGGCUUUCACACGCUGGUCCUGCUCGACAUCAAAGUCAAGGAACCCGAUCUUCAGGCUCUCGCACGCGGGAAGAUUGUCUAUGAGCCGCCGCGUUUUAUGACGGUCGCACAGUGCGCAAGCCAGAUGCUAGAGAUCGAAGAGGAUCGACAGCAGGGCGUCUGUGGCAAAGAAGCAUUGGCGGUUGGUGUGGCUAGACUUGGGAGUGCGGAUCAAGAAAUCGUCGCAGGGACGCUGGAGGAUCUGGCUGCUGCAGAUCUGGGACGCCCGUUGCACAGCCUGGUUCUAUGCGGGAAGAAGAUGCAUGAAAUGGAAUGGGAGUUUGUCAGGGGAUUUGCAAAGGACCUGACCAAGUUCGACGCAAUAUGGAAGCGGGAUUAUGGAGACAAGAAUUGA